GGAUCGUCCACGUUUGAACGGAACGAGGGCAUAUAUAAGGCAAGCGAAAAGCCGCGGAAUUUCCAUCUUUCUCACUUGAUCCGUUGCAGAUCCUAGUGUGAGACGAAAAUCUGUUUAUUUUUCUCGGUCACCACUGUAACUCAACGACAACACCAAAAUGAGGGAAUGUAUCAGUAUUCACGUCGGCCAGGCCGGAGUCCAGAUGGGCAAUGCCUGCUGGGAGUUGUACUGUCUGGAACAUGGAAUCCAGCCGGACGGUCAGAUGCCCAGUGACAAAACCAUUGGAGGAGGGGACGACUCUUUCAACACCUUCUUCAGUGAGACUGGGGCAGGCAAACACGUCCCCAGGGCUGUAUUUGUUGACCUAGAGCCAACAGUUGUAGAUGAGGUGCGUACCGGCACCUACCGCCAACUCUUCCAUCCAGAACAGUUGAUCACGGGGAAGGAAGAUGCAGCCAACAACUAUGCCCGUGGACACUACACCAUCGGGAAGGAGAUUGUGGACUUGGUCUUGGACAGAAUCCGUAAGCUGGCUGACCAGUGCACAGGACUUCAGGGAUUCCUUAUCUUCCACAGUUUUGGCGGAGGAACUGGAUCCGGAUUCACAUCUCUGCUCAUGGAACGUCUCAGCGUGGACUAUGGAAAGAAAUCCAAACUAGAGUUCUCCAUCUACCCUGCUCCUCAAGUUUCCACCGCUGUAGUAGAGCCCUACAACUCCAUUCUGACCACCCACACUACCCUGGAGCACUCAGACUGCGCCUUCAUGGUGGACAAUGAAGCCAUCUACGACAUCUGUCGCCGUAACCUGGACAUUGAGCGCCCAACCUACACCAACCUGAACCGUCUGAUUGGUCAGAUUGUGAGCUCCAUCACUGCCUCCCUCCGAUUUGACGGUGCCCUCAACGUGGACUUGACCGAGUUCCAGACCAACUUGGUGCCCUACCCUCGUAUCCACUUCCCUCUUGCCACCUAUGCCCCUGUCAUCUCUGCAGAAAAAGCCUACCAUGAACAACUGUCUGUGGGUGAGAUCACAAAUUCCUGCUUUGAACCAGCCAAUCAAAUGGUGAAGUGUGACCCCCGUCAUGGCAAGUACAUGGCUUGCUGCAUGUUAUACAGAGGAGACGUUGUUCCCAAGGACGUCAAUGCUGCCAUUGCCACCAUUAAGACCAAGCGUACCAUCCAGUUUGUGGACUGGUGUCCCACUGGAUUCAAGGUUGGCAUCAACUACCAACCACCCACUGUGGUUCCUGGUGGAGAUCUGGCCAAGGUUCAGCGUGCCGUGUGCAUGUUGAGCAACACCACAGCCAUCGCCGAGGCCUGGGCUCGUCUGGAUCACAAGUUUGAUCUGAUGUACGCCAAGCGAGCCUUCGUCCACUGGUACGUGGGAGAGGGUAUGGAGGAAGGUGAAUUCUCCGAGGCCCGUGAAGAUCUGGCUGCCCUGGAGAAGGACUAUGAGGAAGUGGGCGUCGACUCCGUGGAGGCAGGAGAAGAUGAAGAGGGAGAAGAAUACUAAAUGUGUUCCAACCUUUUUGAUAUUAUUAUACGAACCAUAAUUCAGGGAUUCUCUAUUUUUCCAUCAUAUUGAAAUUAAAUUAAACCCUGUUACAAGAA